AUGGUCCGAUACUCUCGCGACAUGAUGUACUACGAGCGCGAUCAUAUCCCUCCAUGUUCCGUCGCUCCGUUCCUCCGCAUCUAUCUCGACUCCAGAGUCACAGAGGUAGAAAGACAAAGGAGGCUUGACCUGAAUGCUACUUUUGUACCGGGGCGCAUCACGAAAGAGCUGGAUCAUGCUGUGAGGUGGAUAGAAGAUGAAGAAGCAGAAGAAACUGGGGCACGGUACAGGAUUGGAGAGCUGGCAUGGAUCGUGGAGAUGGCUAAAUGGGGAUAUCCUCCCGGGUGGAUAGCUAGUCAAGGUGAGAGCUUGCCUGCCAUGAUUCCCUUCCCCGCGGAGGACGAUGAUGCAGAGGAACUGGCGAUCAUAGGGGGGGAGAUGGAAGGCCCUCGUCAAUCCCGAGAAGACAGCGCCAUGGACAUAGAUCCUCCUUCACCAUUGACAGAUCCGUCUCCACCCCCUCUCUCGCCGCCGCCCCAGCCUUUAUCUCCCCCUCCUCCUCCGCCACCUACGCAGUACCCGCCCCCGAAACGAUAUGCUGUGUAUAACACGGACAUGUUUCAUUACGGACGAUUAGCCCCUUUCGACGUGAUUGCUCAGGUUCCUCUUGGAUUUCCCAAAUGGCGUUAA